AUGCAAGGUCUAGUUGCUUAUGACAGCAGCAGUGAAGAUGAAGAGACGAAAACGUCACUUCAGUCGAAGGGCACAGAGAAGCCCGACGGUGCACCCGCGCAAAUCGAUCACGAUCCAGGCAAAGACAGGGUAUCUGAUGCCUCCGUGCAAAAUCAGCUACACCUAAACUAUUUCGCCAGGGAACCCCCCCGUGGCCCUGUUCUCGGCCCUGCAUCCGGACCAGCACCUCUCGACAGAGCGCAAUCGCCGGACGGACAACCCCAUAGCGGCCGCGCUUCGCCAUUUUCAACAUCACGGACCUUAAUCCACGAUCUUACACUCCCGCCUAUUCCUAACCUAGACAUUCCACCGUCUCCUCCUGGGUCUCCGGACCCCGCUGCCAACGCCAAGUUCGAGCAUUUUCUUUCACUCAAGAAACAAGGCGUUCACUUCAACUCGAAGCUGGCUAGUUCAUCAUCUCUCAAAAACCCCAGCUUGUUGGUUAAAAUGAUGGAACAUGCCGGAAUCGACGAACAAUCACAAUACAAGACAUCUCUAUCUUCCGAUUUAUGGGCUACUACCAACCUACCCCGGUGGGGCUUUAAGGAAGAGCUUCGCAAAACCCAGCAAGUCGCACGUCAAAAACUCGAAGAGAUAAAGUCGUCUGGGCAGAGAUCCUCGAUUGACUUUGUUUCCGGCUCGGGUGCGGAUAUGAAGAGACGAGCCAACCCAUGA